AUGAGCCAGCUUCCUCAUGUUCGCCAUGCCCUGGAGCUGGCUCGACGGGAUCAGAUGAUGCAGCCAAGGACGGUCACAUCUGCCGAUGACUUUGCGGAUGACACGGCGUCGAUGGUGAGGAGAAGUGCCGAGACGACGUCUUCGUCCAGUAAUUCAGGGGGUGGCCUAUCUUCUAACAUCACCACUACUCUCCCGAUCGUGCUGGCCGUGUGUAUUCCUGUGCUCGUAGCCAUUGUGCUGUUUACGGUUAUGCAUCGAAGACAUGUCAAGAAAUUACAAAAGGAGGAUGCCAAUGAUCAGCACAAAUCCCUGGAUUUUGGUAUGGAAAUUACGCCCACGAAUACUACAAAGAACGGAACUAGGGAGCCAAAGGGGGUUCCAGAGAUGACUGUCACCGAGGUUGACGCGGAGAAGAUGGGUCGUCGCGGCCGUGGCAUGUCUAUGGAUAUGGGAAGCCCCUACCUCCUGCCGCCCAAUCUGCAGAGCUCGAGAGAGUCGCUCAAUACUUUAUCUCGCAUCAUUGAUACCGGCAACGACCCCUACCGUCCGGCGACAAUCUACAUUUCUGAUGAGAUGUCGCCCGUCAGCCCACGACGGAUGAAUGAGGAUGCGUCUAUUUACUCCGUGUCCACUGCUGGCGGUCUCGGCCAGGACGGCAUGAAACAAGGUCUGCUUCAUAACGCCCAGAGGAUGUCCAUGUCGACCCCUCCUCUGAGUGGUCCCACCGUUCCCAUUCUCAAGACGCCCGAGCCAACACGUGAUCCAGCUCGUUCGAAACGCACGUCCAUGUUCUCCAACAGAUCCGAUCUUAGUGCCUCUGCUGCUGGCCAAGGGAAGCGUGAUUCGUAUAUUGAAGGCGAUACCGGCGACAUGCGACGAAGCAACAAUUACCUGGGUGCUUUGAUUGAGGCGGGUGAGCCUUUGGCUGCUCCUCAGCCGGAGUCUGAGGACAAGCCGGAUCCCACACUUGAAGCCAAACGCGCAAGCCUGCCUCCAGCGCUAUCGAUCCCUACUAUUGCCGAGCCGCCAUCGAUGCAGCAGACUGAGAACAGAAAGGGCCCGCCCCCGGCGAUUGACACCUCGCUCACUGAGGCGAACGCCAAGCAAUCCAUGGAAGCUUCCAUUGAACAUGCAGCAGCUCGACCCAGCAUCAUCAUUGACGACGCAAGUGACUAUGGCGAUGGCAUCGAGGUCACGCCGCCUUCGCCCAAUGGAUCAGCAGCGCCGUCGGAUCACAUUAGGAGGCACUCGCUGGACGCCCCACUCCCUUCUGCCGAAGACUACUCUCUGCACGCUGUUGAUCCCGCUGGUUUAGGCAUUGAUAUGCGUCGGCUGUCAAUGGGUCUCCGUCCCCUUCCUCCAGACGAUCCCACUGAUAACCCAGAGCAAAGAGCGAACCGGAUUCGGUCAUUCUACAAGGAGUACUUUGACGAGAGCAAGCCAAUGCCCAAGGGCGCUGAGUAUCAAGCCUACCCGGUCGACGCGCAUCCAGCUGAUGGCAGCCACUACGAUCCCAUUCUAGGAGAAUUUGUGGCUGCCAAGCCGUGGGCGGAGCCUGUCACUCGUCGCGCUAUGACACCGCCUCCGCGUGGUCCGCCCCGUGGGAUGGAUUCUUAUGGAUCGCCAGGACCAUUCCGACAACCUGGACCGCGUGCAUUUUCUUCCGCCUCCGCCCGCAUUGGACCCGUGGGACCCCGCGGACGCGAUCCCGCUCCUCGGAAACCCAUGGCUCCACCCAAGCCACUUCACGUCCUUCCGACGCCUCACCUGUUGAAGGAGGAUGUCCUGCCCAUCGACUUUGCUCCUCCGACCACCUUUAGAGACAUGCAAGGAGGAGCUCGUGCUGACUCUCCUCUUGGAGGUGCACGUCCUUACUCGCCUAGCGUUCGCGCCCACACGCCGCUCGCCUCUUCUUUUGAUGACCUCGCCGCCAUGCCAAGCCCGCACUUGCUCCGAAAAUCUGGCACAUUCACUGGCCUGGACUUUGCUGCUCCCGUUCGCUUCAGAAACGCCGACACCGGAAGCGAUGCAGGAAGCAUUCGCAGCCACGCCACCGGCGGCAUCUCGCCGGGUCAAGCCUACAGUUUGCGCGCUGGUGCGAACCGUGUCAGCCGUCUGCCCAAGGAAAUGGUUGGAUCCAAGGCAGAUCUUGCUGAAGCCUUGAGGCCGCAAUGGGGAAUGAGACCGUAA